GCUCUAUAAUUGGCCAAAUUGAAUGUCCAUAUCAGCUAGUUAUUGAGCGACAGUACGGUUCACACGGUAUUCUCAAUCUCCAAACAUUAGCAAUGUUUUUACAGACUUGUUGACAUUAUAUGUCUAUUGAUUUCGACUCGCUGAUCACUCACUGUCGUAUCACUGUCGUAGAAGGUGCAUCCCACAGAAGGCAAGGAUGAGUCGUUUUCUGAAUGUUCUGCGGAGUUGGUUGGUCAUGGUGUCUGUCAUUGCCAUGGGAAACACCGUCCAGAGUUUCAGAGAUCACAGCUUCCUCUCUGAGAAACUCUACACGGGGACACCAGAGUUUGUAAAUGGCCUCCAAGCAAGAACAUUUGGAAUCUGGACAUUGUUGUCGUCAAUUAUCCGCUGCGUGUGCGCCAUAGACAUUCAGAACAAAACGCUCUAUCACAUCACCCUGUGGACAUUUGUACUGGCUCUGGGACACUUCCUGUCUGAAGCCUUCAUCUACAAAACGGCACCUCUGACCAUUGGCGUUAUGGCACCUCUCAUUGUGGCAAGUUUCUCUAUCGUGGGAAUGCUGAUUGGGUUGCAGUGUGUUCCAGAGCAUCAGGAAGAGGUGGGUGCACGGCAGAAGAAGCGGAACUGAUUCCAAGCAGCAGAAAACCGUUUUAGCCCAACUCUAGAGAAAGCUGCGGGAUAGUCUACUGCUUCCUGCCUUGAAGAAUGAGUGGUAUAUUUACUAUACUGUAUGUACACAAACACAAGAGUCCAAUAUGUGUGACAUUUUUAAGACUGGAUAUGCAAUAAGUGGGAUUUAUUUUGCAGGUGACUUGUUCCUGUGCUACGUGAUAUGUACAUGUGCUACAAUAUACUAUGGUUUUUAUGGCUACAGCUGUUUCACUCUUACACUGAAAAUUGAACAGCAAUUGUCUAUCAAUGUUUCAUGAUGUGCAAUAAUGCAUAAAUGUAGAGAUGAUUUGUAUUAAUUAUGGUGUGAUAGGGCAUGGGACUUGUGGAUUUUGACAUUGUCAUUCACAGUACUUUAAUGGAGGAUCUCAACAUUGGGCCUUUUGUCUUGCUUUCUAAACUGCUAUGAUUUCUGUAUGUUACUGAAUUGUGUCUAUGGUGUAACAUGUCCAUGAAUAAAAUAACAGAGCAUUUUUCUCAAUUUAAAAAAAAAAAAAACUUUUAGUUCACCAGAUUACCAGGUGCAAUUGUUCACAGUAUCUGAUAAUUUGUCCAAACAAUGUCUACAAACAGUUUUUUUUAAACUAUGAUUGUUCUUCAUUAGAGUAUGACAAGCAUUUUAAAAUUGCAUCACCAUUUGUACAGUACCAGUCAAAAGUU